AUGAAGUGGCUCAUCUCUGUGCUCUUGGUACUAUCUGCUGUUAUCUCUACUCAGGCAGUCGAUUUACCAAAUCUCCGUACACUACACAACGAAUGCUCACAGAAUCUGGUUUGUUUGGACGGCCUUUAUUGUCGACGUUACAACGGGGCUGUGUACGGUACCUGUGAACAACCAUGA